AUUAUUAUUUAUCUAAAUCCAAACAUUGUUACAAAAUUUGAAGAUAUUACUGAGAAUGAUAGAAAAUUGUUAAUGGAUCAAUAUGAACAUUUUGAUUUUAUGAGCAUUACGAUGAAAUAUGAUAAUUGGCGUCGUGAUGAGAUAUUAAAAUCAAUUCUACCAGAAGAUAUUCAAGUUCCUACAGCAUAUACUUUAGUGGGACAUAUUGCCCAGUUGAAUUUACGUGAUGUACAUUUGCCAUAUAAAACUAUUAUUGGUCAAAUAUUUCUUGACAAGACUCCAAAUGUGCGGACAGUAGUAAAUAAAAUGAAUACAAUUGACACAAAGUUUCGAUAUUUUGCUAUGGAGAUCCUGGCUGGUGAAAAAAACACAAUAACAAUCACAAAAGAACAUGGCUGUACAUAUGAAUUUGACUUUGCAACAGUUUAUUGGAAUUCACGUUUGUCUACUGAACAUACACGAAUGACAACAUUUAUGAUGCAAGAUGAUGUCCUAUAUGAUGUAUUUGCAGGAGUAGGACCUUUUGCUAUUCCUGCCGCACGUAAAAAGAUACAAGUAUUUGCUAAUGACUUGAAUCCCGAAUCUUACAAGUGGCUUCAAAAAAAUGCCGCUGCUAACAAAUUAAAUAUGUCGCAACAGAUAUGUCGUUCAUGUACAGCGUGUUUGAUAACUGUGGGAGAUGAAAUUUUACGCGGACAAAUAGUUGAUACUAAUACAUCAUAUCUAGCAAAAAAUUUAACUGCUGCUGGAGUAAGAUUACAGAAAGUCACAAUAGUUCCUGAUAUUAUAGAUGACAUUGCCAAAGAAAUAAAGAGUGCUUCAAAACAAUAUUCUGUUGUAUUUACAUCUGGUGGUGUUGGACCUACUCAUGAUGAUGUAACUUAUGAAGCUAUAGCAAAGGCUUUUGAAUUAAAACUCGAAUUUCAUCAGGAAUUGUUUGACAUAUACAGUCAAUUAAUUCCUGGCCAGCAUGAAGUAAGACGACUUGCCAUUGUUCCUAAUUCUUGUGAAAUUAUCAACAUUAAUUCUACAGAAGUUUUCCCAGUGAUAAGUGUGAAAAAUGUUUACGUACUGCCUGGUUCACCAAAAUACUUUGAAGCUGCUGCAGAUGUAAUAAUACCUCGAUUGAAAAGAUGUUCGCCACUAUAUUAUAUACAUAUAGAUAUUGAAUUGGAUGAAUUAUCAAUAGUAAAUAUUUUGGAUAAACAGUCAAAACGUUGGGAUGAUAAAGUAAAAAUUGGCAGUUAUCCACAAACAGAACCGCAAAUUUUUACGAGGAUUACUUUGGAGGGAUCGGAAGAAGCAAUUGCAGAAGCAAGAAAUGAACUUUUCUAUUAUCUGCCAAUACAAAAAAUUAUGAAUCUAAAACAUGGAUUUGGUCGUUUCCAAAUGAACGCUAUUCUAGAAGAUAGUAAAAAUGAAGCACAUGUUAAAUAUUCACUAGACAUAUUAAAUGAAUGCUAUGAUAGAUAUAAUUCAGAUGAAGUAUUCAUUAGUUUUAAUGGCGGUAAAGACUGUACAGUAGUCUUGCACUUAGCUGCUACCAUUGCAAAAUUGCGUAAUAUCUCGCCUCUAUUAUGUUUAUAUGUAACUGCCGAUUCCUUCCCAGAGGUGGAAACGUUCGUAGAAUCAGCUUCUCAAUAUUAUGGUUUAGAAAUAAUACGAAAGCAACGGCCAAUACAAUCCGCGUUGUCCGCGUUAUUGAAGGAAAGAUGCAAUUUGAAAGCAAGUCUCAUGGGAAUGAGAAAGGGUGACCCAGGUUCUGAAAAUCUACAACCGUUUGCGCCCACUGACUCGGAUUGGCCACAAUUGAUGCGCGUUAAUCCAAUCUUACACUGGUCGUACAGUCAAAUAUGGACAUUCUUAUUGAAGCAUAACAUUCCUUAUUGUUCGCUCUAUGAUCAAGGAUACACUAGUAUCGGCAGCAAAAGUACCACGGUGCGAAAUCCGUUAUUGAAAGAUCCUAAUAAUCCCUUAUCUUAUUUACCAGCAUAUACUUUACUCGAUAAAUCAGCCGAAAGAGAAGGCAGAGUAUAA